AGGAUCUCCUGACGAACAAACUCCACACAAACUCUCCAAACAGCUUUGGACAAGCUGUCCAAAUCCGCCUGCGUCUCAAAAUAACAACUAAAAGCCGUCUUUACCAAGGAAUAAUGGUCACCGAGUGUCGACUUUAAGGCUAACCGAGCGCUGCUAGCUCAAGAGUUUGGCGUCGCGGGGAGUUUGACGAACAGUGUAAAUAUAGUGUAAAUACGGGGAUAUUUAAGGCGAGACGAGGUGAACUUUUGUCCGUGUCUGUCCGAGAAGUUAUAGUUUGACUGUGGACCGGUGGAAAUGGCUCAGUCGCCGGUAGCCGUUCAAGUUCCUGGAAUGCAGAACAGUCGAACAGAUCCUGAGGAGCUGUUCACGAAACUGGACCGUAUCGGCAAGGGGUCGUUCGGUGAGGUGUUUAAAGGUAUCGACCGGCAGACUCAGAACGUAGUGGCCAUCAAGACCAUCGAUCUGGAGGAAGCAGAAGAUGAAAUCGAAGACAUCCAGCAGGAGAUCACAGUCCUCAGCCAGUGUGAUAGUCCUCACGUCACCAAAUACUACGGCUCUUACCUAAAGGGUAGUAAACUAUGGAUCAUUAUGGAGUAUCUGGGAGGAGGCUCAGCGCUGGACCUGCUGCGAGCUGGGCCCUUUGAUGAAUACCAGAUCGCCACCAUGCUGAAGGAGAUCUUGAAGGGUCUGGACUACCUGCACUCGGAGAAGAAAAUCCACAGGGACAUUAAAGCGGCUAACGUGUUGUUGUCUGAGUCUGGUGAGGUGAAGCUGGCAGAUUUCGGGGUUGCGGGUCAGCUGACGGACACGCAGAUCAAAAGGGAGACGUUUGUGGGCACACCGUUCUGGAUGGCGCCGGAGGUCAUCCAACAGUCUGCCUACGACUCAAAGGCUGAUAUUUGGUCUCUGGGCAUCACGGCUAUUGAGCUGGCCAAGGGUGAACCGCCAAACUCAGACAUGCACCCAAUGAGGGUCCUCUUCCACAUCCCUAAAAACACACCGCCCACCCUGAACGGAGACUUCUCCAAGAUCUUCAAAGAGUUCGUCGACUCCUGUCUCAACAAAGACCCUGCUUUUAGGCCAACAGCAAAGGAGCUCUUAAAACACAAGUUCAUUGUUAAAUAUGCCAAGAAGACGUCCUACCUCACCGAGCUCAUCGACCGACUGAAGCGCUGGAAGGCUGAAGGCCACAGUGAUGGAGAAUCAAGCUCCGACUCCGACUCUGAAACCAGCAGUAAGGACAAUGACAGCUCUCCUGAAUGGUCCUUCACCACCGUUCGUAAGAAGAAGACGGAAAAGAAGCAGCCCAAUGGCACGGAUGAAGAGCUGCAGAAGAAGUCGGCCAGUUUAACCACCGUCAUGGCUCCUGUGUUCUCUGAGCUGAAGUCGCAGCACAGAGACAAUGAGAGGACGAAAGGAGUGAUCGAGAUGCUGGAGGAGAGUCUGCACACGGCUGAAGAUCUCUGUCCUGGAGUCACUGACCGCAUGAUCACACAGAUCCUGGACAGAGUGCAGAGGUUUUCUAUGAGUUAGUGUGAACGCCACUGUUCUGCUGUCAGCCCUGAUGACUGCACCUUAACACACUCUCUCUCACACACACACACACACACACAUACAGAGAAACCAGGAACACACUAUCUGACCAUAACCAAAAGGAAAAUCUCCUCUUGUCCCAAAGAAUGGAAAAUAUAUAUAUAUAUAUAUAUAUAUAUAUAUAGACGAUCUAUAAAUAUGUGUGUGUUCAACUAUAUUUAUACUAUUUUGCCACAAGCUUUUAUAUCAGUCUUUUUUUUCCGCUGGUGCCCAAGGAUGAUGUGUUACUGUUAUUUUAUUCAGCGUUUUUACUUUUGAACGACACAAAACAUCCUUACUGGUUAAGUAGAGCAUCUUUAGCUUCAUAUAUAUAUAUAUUUAUAAUGUAUCCAGUGUCCCCGUUCCUUUGCUUUUCCUUUAAAUCCUAAACUAUGAUCAAUAAUAUAUAUUUGGGAGAUUAACCGUUUGGUUUGGGAUGUCUUUAUCGCUCUCUAUUACACACUGUAGCAUUGCAGAACUGCUGUAUGGGAUUACAUGCAUAUCAUAUCAGUCCAAACCAAUGGAAAUACCUCAUUAAGCAAUCAUUUAAAACUGCUAGGAAGAUGAGAGGGAUUUUGCUGUGCAAAAUGCUCUCCAGCCCAAUGAAUAUAUAUUGAAUAUCAGUAAUUUGUCUUAGAUUCCUACCCUUUAUAUAUAUUUAUAUAUAUAUAUAUAUAUAUAUAUAUAUAUAUAUAUAUAUAUAUAUAUAUAUAUAUAUAUACAGGACUGUUAUCUAAGAAUAAUUGCCCAUCAUUUAUUAUAAGUAGUGCCCUCUUUUACAGUGUGCUAAUAUUUUUAUACUAGAGUAGAAUACUGUAUUUUUGUUUUGAAGGAAAUAUGCACUUGCGCACACUUUUUCUAUGAGGGUGAGACUUUUAUUUUGUUUUGAAAUUAAUUACCCAAACAUAUAACAUAUUUUUCUAUGGGGAUUUUUAUUUUGUUUUAUUUUAGUUAAUUUUGCUGUCACAUUUUUCUAUGGGGACUUUUAUUUUUAAUGUAUUAUCCAAUCACAUUUUUCUAUAGUGACUUUUAUUUUGUUUUAUUUUUAAUUUUCAUGUCACAUUUUUCUACAGGGACUUUUGUUUUAUUUUUAAUAAAUUUUCCAGUCACCUAUUUCUACGGAGACUUGUUUCAUUUUUAAUCACCCAAUCACAUUUUUCUUCGGGGACUUCUAUUUUGUUUAAUUUUUAAUUAAUUUCCCAGUCAGAUUUUUUAUGGGGACUUUUGUUUUAUUUGUAAUUAAUUUUCCAGUCACAUUUUUUUAUGGGGACUUUUAUUUUUAAUUAAUUUCCCAUUCACAUUCCUCUUACUUUGAGUAGAUCUCAAGGCAUCGUAUGCUUCAUUUUAACCACACACACACACACACACACACACACGAACGACGGCGGCAAGUGAUUCGAGUGCAGUAUAGAAAGUCGCGCUCAAUGCGAACAUCGUUUAUUUUGGUUUUACGUUUUAUAUAAUCUCCUGUGAUGAGGGAUUUUUAUUUUCGCCAAGCUUGUAAGGGUGCCAUUGCUGGUGCGGUGGUGAUGUCAUAUUCGCUCCUGUUGGCUUGGAGAAACCGUGCCAACGUUGCAUCCCAUUGUGCCUAAAGUUGACUUUUUUUGUGUGUGUUUGUCUUCGUAAAGACGGCGUCGUCUUCGCAAAAUGCUUAGGUGUCAAACUGGAUUCCUGUAGGGCCGCAGCUCUGCACAGUUUUGCUCCAACACUAAUCAAACACAGAUGAGUUAGUUGGAUCUGUUGUGUUUGAUCAGGGUUGGAGCAAAACUGCAGAGCUGCGGCUCUCCAGGAAUCAAGUGACCCCUAUGGCAAAACGGCUUUAAAAACGACGUCUCACGCAUGUUGCCAGACUGCUGGAUCAUUUUAAAGCAAUAAAAAGGGGGAUUUUCGUAGAAGAUUUGUAUAUUUCUUUAUAGGAACGUAAGCGCAGGAGCUAGGUUUUGUACAUUUCUUCACCAGAGCUUUUGUACAUUUGAGAAUCUUUGUAGGCUGUAUCAUAUAGAUGCUGUUCUCUUCUUCUUUUUAUUUUUGACUUCAACUGUUACACAUUAGUUUUGUUUGGUGUGGCAAAUAAAGAUUUAAGUUAUGACA